CUCCCUCUCUCCCUCUCCGGGUGUCUCUCUCUCUCUUGUGCACAAACCAAGACGGAAGCUUUAAAUUCGACCUCCGGAGAGAAAGUCAUGCACGGAGCAUGACUGCAGCAAACUGGGUGGCCAACGGUGCUAGCUUGGAGGAUUGCCAUUCAAAUUUAUUCUCUCUGGCUGAACUAACUGGCAUCAAAUGGCGUAGGUAUAGUUUCCAGGGUUUAGGGGGCUGUGGUCCCAUCAUUUCAGCUCCAGCUCAGGAUGAUCCCAUUCUGCAGACUUUCAUUCGAUGUCUGCAGGCCAAUCUGCUGUGUGUAUGGCGACGAGAUGUGAGACCUGAAGCCAAGGAAUUGUGGAUUUACUGGUGGGGAGAGGAGCCUAAUCUGGUUGAUAUCAUUCACCAUGAGUUGCGAGUGGUGGAAGACGGUCUCUGGGAAAAUGGACUCACGUACGAAUGCCGAACGUUGCUCUUCAAAGCCAUUCACAAUUUGCUAGAAAGGUGCCUGAUGGAUAAGAACUUUGUGAGGAUUGGAAAAUGGUUUGUCAAGCCCUACGAGAAAAAUGAGAAGCCUGUAAACAAAAGUGAGCAUCUCUCUUGUUCCUUUUCCUUCUUCCUGCAUGGUGAGAGCAAUGUCUGCACCAGUGUUGAGAUUGCCCAGCACCAGCCUGUGUAUCUUGUCAACGAAGAGCACAUCAAUGUGGCUCUGUCAGCAACCUCUCCUUUCCAAGUCAUCAUUAGUCCUUUUGGACUGAGUGGAACCCUUACAGGCCAAACGUACAAGAUGUCUGAUCCAGCUACCAGGAAACUCAUUGAGGAAUGGCAAUACUUCUAUCCCAUGGUCUUGAAGAAGAAGGAAACAAAAGAGGAAGAGGAGCUGGACUGUGAUGAUGACUUUCCUGUUGCAGUUGAGGUUAUUGUGGGUGGAGUAAGGAUGGUGUAUCCCUCAGCUUUUGUGCUGAUUCCGCAGAGCGAUAUCCCUGUGGUUCCAAGUGGCACCAACGGAGGAGGCCAUACAAAUGUAACUGCAGCACCUGGAAGCAUGAAAGAUACCAUCAACUGUGGAAUGCCACUCACCCCACCCACUUCGCCUGAACAGACCAUAAUAGGUGAUGGUGUUGCACAAACUGUGGUCAGUCAUAUGCCUGGCCAGGAAGGAACCGUCAACACAUCGAGCCCAAAACACUGUGGCAAAAUUCCUCAGAGGGUAACCAAUCAGAUGGUUCAGAAAGUCUGGAAAGAAUGCAACCUGAACAAAACACAGAUUAAGAGAAGACAUUCAACUAGUGAAAAUUCUGAGGAAGAAGUGGCCAGCAAUGCUUCUUCCUGGGAUUUUACAGAGCCUGGCCAAAGAGUAAACUGUUCCUGUUCAAGGCAAAAGCUGCUAAAACAGCGGAGUACAAUGGGCACAAACCGACCUCCAUCCAUCUCUCAGCCUGGCUUCACUGCUGGGCUUCCCUCCUCUUCCUCCUUGCCAUCGUCUGCCUCUUCUAAGCACAAAACAAACGAGAAGCAGGAAAAAGGAGACAAACAACAGAAACGACCCAUGACGCCAUUUCAUCAUCGGCCCUCACUAACAGAUGAGCUUUGUUUGGAGCAGGACCCCACAGGACAGAAGCUUGGAUUGGUUGGCAUUGAUGUCUCCUUAGAUAUGCACAGCAACAGGAAGUAUGGCAAGCCAGCAUCUGGGCCUACAGGCAACCAGAGCAAGCCACUAAAUCUGAAUCCUAUGGAUUCGCCUCAUUCCCCCAUCUCCCCACUUCCACCAACUCUCAGUCCGCAGCCGAGAGGGCCAGAUGCAGAAAGUUUAGAAGGCGCUCCUGUGGCCAUUAAUCCAUUGCUGUACGGCAAUAGCCUCGAACUUCAGGCAAUUCCCAGCCUCGAUGACAAGACGGGGCUUUUAUCACAAAGACUACCACCUGUGCCGGAGGUCAGUGAAACAACGCUGUACAACGGUAUCACUGCACAAAACUCAGAAUUAUUGGACAAUCCUUCCUGGCAGUGUUACAAAACUCCGACCCAAGAAGAGGGAGAGUUCAGGCCACCGGAGCUACACUGUGACAGAUGUGACAACAAGAUGGAUAAUUCAGAUGUUUCAGCACUAAGACGACUUCUAGCACAACCCAACAAACGGUUCAAAGUUUCAGAAGAGAGGAUACAAAUGCACAUCCAGACAUUUAAUUACAUGGACCCAACUAGACUUAUGCAGCAACAUGGUGAAGGUCCGGGGGAACUUAACGAUCCUUAUACUUUUGUGGACGGUGACAUUGAAUACAGCUUUACGUCGAAUAAGAAGUAUAGAAUGGAGAAAGAUGCAGCAAGGAAAUCACAACAGAACAAGGUGGAAGAUGGAUUUAGUAGCAGGGAAACGCCACCUGGUCAUGCUGGACAGUUGCCUGAAGGGAAAGAUGCCAUGUCUAUUUUUAACACUGCUCCCAAAUCAGAAACACGGCAGUCUCCAACAUCAGGGCGGACAGGAUCAACUAGCCUCACGCGAGAGACUGACUUGGUUGUGUCUUUGAAUGAUCUGGACAAUCUUUUUGAUAACUCUGAUGACGAGGAAAAUGGGACUGCUUCCCCUGCCCGAUUAUCUAAACAAGUAGCUGUGGGAUCAGAAGACAGGCCCAUAGGAAAAGAUGUUAAGACUACAGGACCUUAUCCCCCAACUGUGGCAGAUCUGCAGAGAAUGUUUCCCACCCCUCCUUCUCUGGAGCAGCAUCCAGCCUUUUCUCCUGUCAUGAAUUACAAAGAUGGCGUUAAUUCUGAGAUGGCAGCAGGGAUGAACAGUGGGGACAACACAGUGACCAGUAUGACUGCAACUUCAUUCAGUGAUUUCAAAAUGGAGGUAGAAGAUGGACUGGGCAGUCCCAAGCCCGAAGAAAUAAAAGAUUUUUCUUACGUACAUAAACCGCCAAAAGCGAAGGCUUUUGUUGGGUCAUCACUGUUUGCACCACUGAAGGCACUGCCUAGUCAAUGCCUGCCUCCACUGAAAGUACCAGAAGCCUGUGUGUACCGACCUUCGUGGGCUAUCCCUCCCAAAAUUGAACAACUACCUGUGCCACCUUCUGCUUCAUUUUCUCGGGAUGGAUAUGUUAACGUGCCUAGCGUUGGGAGUCUGACAGAGGAUUACAUUCAAAUGAACACUCCUCAAGUGAGCACACCUUUGGCAGUAAGUAGCACUGCACCUGCUAGUAACAGUGGUGCUGGCAUCCUCCCCUCUCCAGCAACUCCUCGCUUCUCAGUUCCAACGCCUCGUACGCCACGAACUCCACGGACUCCUCGUGGCGGGGGCACUGCCAGCGGCCAGGGAUCGGUCAAGUACGACAGCGCCGACCUCUGCUCACCUGCCUCCACGCCCUCCACGAUGCGGCCACUGAAUUCGGUGGAGCCGGCGACCAUCCAGUCGAUUCCACAGGCGCACAGCUUGUACGUGACGCUCAUCCUGUCCGACUCGGUCAUGAACUUCUUCAAGGAUCGCAAUUUUGACAGCUGCUGCAUCUGCGCGUGUAACAUGAAUAUCAAAGGAGCGGACGUUGGGUUGUACAUCCCAGACCCGACGAAUGAGGCGCAGUUUGGAUGCACCUGUGGAUUUAGCGCAGUCAUAAACCGCCGGCUUGGAUACAAUGCAGGUCUCUUUCUGGAGGACGAGUUUGAUAUCUUCGGAAGGAAUUCUGAAAUUGGCCAAGCUGCGGAAAGACGAUUGACUCUGUGUAGGACUUCUAUAGUUCCCCAGGGGAUCGAUGGGUCUAAAAGGCCCCAAGAUCCAACGUCAAACUUAGUUUUUCUCAUACAGGACCAGUGUACAGGACCGUUCACUUCUCUAAGUUCUUUGGACUACAUUUCCUUAGACAGACCAGCACUUCAUUCGGCAAACUGGAACUAUGACAAACUACGGGCAGACGGCAGCGAUUCCUGCACGGAAUGCUUCAACGCGCUGGAGCAAGGACGGCAGUAUGUGGAUAACCCCUCUGGUGGGAGAGUAGAUGAAUCACUAAUAAGGAGCACAGGUUUACACCCGUGGCCAAAUAUUAAUGUUCUGGAUGUGAGCGUUCUUUCAUCCCAGGAUGUGGUCCGCAUGCUCUUGUCACUGCAGCCUUUUCUACAAGAUGCCAUUCAGAAGAAACGGACAGGAAGGACGUGGGAAAAUAUCCAACAUGUGCAAGGACCUCUCACCUGGCAGCAGUUCCACAAGAUGGCGGGCAGAGGAUCCUAUGGUUCAGAGGAAUCGCCCGAACCCCUUCCUAUCCCCACUCUACUCCUGGGUUACGAUAAAGACUUCCUAAUGAUUUCCCCCUUUGCACUGCCCUUCUGGGAGAAGCUGCUUCUGGAGCCAUACGGUUCCCAGCGUGACGUAGCCUACAUUGUGGUCUGUCCAGAAAAUGAGGCCUUGCUCACUGGAGCCAAAAAUUUCUUCAGGGAUCUCAGCUCUGUGUAUGAGACAUGCAGACUUGGUGAGCAUAGACCUAUCUGCAAAGUAUUGAGAGAUGGUAUCAUGCGGGUUGGUAAGAGUUCUGCAAAAAAGCUUGCAGAUGAAUCUGUGGAUGAAUGGUUCUCUCAGGCCUGGCUCAGUGACGAGAAUGACAAUCUUGCCAAGUUGAAGCUUUUUGCUCAAGUCUGCCGCCAUCACUUGGCACCUUACUUGGCUACACUUCAGCUUGACAACAGCUUGUUGAUUCCACCGAAAUUCCAGCCGUCAGCACCAUCCUCCUCUGGCAGCCAGGGGCCAGCGGCAGCCGGAAACGGUGGAGCCCUGCCAGCACCCGGGAGCACGUCUGCACCAGUGACGACCUCGGGCACUACAGUCACAUCUACAAUGAGCACUAGCAGCAGUACUGUAACUACCGGCAGCUCUGGGGUGGCCAGUGGAUCAUUGACCACAUCCUCUACUUCAACCACCUCCACAACCACCACCACCACCCCGAGUUUACAUCAGACAGGAACGGUCUCCUCCUCUUCGGGGUUUGGAGGGGCUGUCGGGGCAGUUCCGGUACAGAGUGGCAACUCAGGUAACAAUGCAGAGAGACCGCCAGGAAACGUACCCAGUGGAGGUGGCGAUCCCGAGACGACGCAGACCGCGGCUCAGCAGCAGGAAGUACAGGAGAGUACUACAGAAAGGGAGCGGAUAGGAAUUCCGACUGAACCUGAGUCAGCUGACAGCAAUGCAUACCCGCCAGCCGUGGUUAUCUACAUCGUUGAUCCUUUUACAUAUUCCUCAGAAGAAGAGUCGUCUUUUACUAGUGUAUGGCUGCUAGGCCUGCUACGAUGCUACACAGAGAUGCUGGAUAAUCUGCCAGAACAUAUGAGGAAUGCAUUCAAUAUCCAGAUUGUGCCUUGCCAGUAUCUACUACAACCAGUGAAAGAUGAUCACACCUUCUAUAUUCAGCACUUAAAAUCACUGGCAUUCUCAGUUUACACUCAGUGCAGACGACCGCUUCCUACACAGAUCCACAUUAAAUCACUAACUGGCUUUGGCCCUGCAUCCACAAUAGAUAUGACCCUUAAAAAUUCGGAGCGUCCUCACCCUAUCCAAGUUUACUCACCUCCUUAUAUCCUGGCACCAAUCAAAGACAAGCAGACUGAACUAGGCGAGACUUUUGGAGAGGCAAGCCAGAAGUACAAUGUGCUCUUUGUUGGAUACUGUUUGUCCCAUGACCAGAGGUGGCUACUAGCUUCCUGUACAGACCUCCAUGGAGAGCUCCUGGAGACCUGCAUUUUGAACAUCGAUGUGCCGAACAGGGCAAGAAGGACGAAAGUGCCUGCUCGUAAAAUCGGCUUGCAGAAGCUCUGGGAAUGGUGUGUCGGAAUCAUGCAGAUGACAUCGCUGCCGUGGAGAAUUGUAAUGGGAAGACUUGGAAGAGUAGGUCACGGAGAACUCAAAGAUUGGAGCAUUCUCAUAGGCCGGAGAUCACUGCAGUCUACCAGUAAACAGUUGAAGGAAACCUGCAAAAUGUGUGGCAUAUCUGCAGCAGACUCUCCCACGAUUCUCAGUGCCUGCCUGGUUUCCUUGGAGCCACAGGGUUCGUUCGUUGUUAUGCCUGAUGCUGUGACGAUGGGCUCUGUGUUUGGCCGAGGCACCGCACUCAAUCUGCAAACCUCUCAGUUGAACACCCCACAGGACGCAUCGUGUACACACAUUCUGGUAUUUCCAACAUCUGCUGCUACUCAGGUGGCUGCUGCCAAUUACCAAACUGAAGCUCUGGAAGUUCUUGGUUUCAGUGCUAAUCCUGAUGGUAUGGGAAUUCUUGAUGAGGAUAUUUUUGCCGACGACCUGGACAAUGACAUCCGGAUUCUGAUCACCGGUAACCUGCACCCAUCCCCCACCUCCUCUCCUGUGCCGUCUCCAGGUUCUCCAACUGGCACGGGUGCAGGCUCCCACUUCCAACAGAUCAGUGAGGCUGGCAGGGGUCAGGGUGGGGAAAGGCUCCUCUCUACAGAAGCCCACGAGGAAGUAGCAAACGUACUACAGCAGCCACUGGCUCUUGGAUAUUUUGUUUCGACAGCAAAAGCUGAGAAUCUUCCUCAGUGGUUUUGGUCCGCCUGUCCUCACGCCCAAAACCAAUGUCCACUCUUUCUAAAAGCCUCUCUACAUCACCACGUCUCCCUGGCACAAUCUGAUGAACUGCUUCCUGGCAAGCACUCACACCCUCACCCUCUGGAUUCCAACAGAACAUCAGACGUCUUGAGGUUUGUACUGGAGCAGUACAACGCCUUAUCCUGGCUGAAUUGCAACCCUGCUACACAAGACCGGCAGUCCUGUCUCCCCGUACACUUUGUGGUGCUUACUCAGAUGUACAACGCCAUUAUGAAUUUGCUUUGAAGCUCAAAAGUCCUGUUCCACUGUUCUAACUCCCCUGUCCUGACCACGAAAAUGAAGCUACAUCCAUCAGCCAUUUAUCAGUGCUCUGAAGAUCUUUAUAAGGGAAAGAAAAAGUCACAUUUUGAGCAAAUAUAAUUUCUGAGAGAAUUGGAAUUCACUCCUCGUUAAUUCUUUCAACGCGUGAGCAUCAUCUUGCAAUGAACUUUUCUCGGUCUUGGUGCAUCAAUGGCGUACAUUAUAAAGCUCUUCCACAUCAAUAACUUUUUGAAUUUUUUUAUGUUACAGCUUCUAAAACUACACUUGUCAUCAUUGCUACAACACAGAAUUUAUUUUUCAUGAUAAAUUGUACAUUAUUAAAAAAAACAGUAUUGUGAAAUCGAGGAAAAAAUAUAGUGGGGGAAAAUAUCAACUAGCUAGUGCUUGUAAAUGAUAUUUUAUUGUGCAUUUGGGUCGCCUUUGGUGACUUUCUUUGUAAUGUAGAUAUAAACCAGAUAUAUCGAAAACGUUUGUAUCUAUUGUGUACAGUGUAAAAUUGAACAAAUUGCAGUACUAUUUUUCUUAAUCAGAAAAAUUUCACAAGGCCUUUUGAAGAGGAAAAUCAAGAUUGUAAAAUUGUACAAAAAGUUAACUUGGUGAGAAUUGUAAGUAGAAGUUUGUAAUUUUUUCCAUUUUAUUGUCAUUUUUCCUCUCCCUCUCUCUCUCUUCCCC